AUGUAUCGUCAGUGCUGGUGGCGGUUGGGUCGCAGUGUUCCAACCUCCUCAUUGAAUAAGUAUGGAAACGUUGCUCAAUCAUCUGCAAUGCCAAUUCCACCAAAAAAAACUUCUACUGUCAGCAAUAUCUUCUCACGGGCUCAGUCCAGUAUUCACAUGUAUGCUAAUAAAGAGAAUGCAUGGAAUGGAUACACAGAUGAUCGUUUUUAUGGAGCUAAACGAUUAAAGGAGUACUGGAAACGCAUGUUAAAAGACCGGGGAGUACAAUACUAUUUAUUUGGUACUAUUAUCAUUGCAGCCGCAGGAGGAUCAAAGUUAUGGCAAUUACAGGAAGAUCAAAAACGUCAUUUAGGUCUUAUUGGACCUAAAAAGAAAUCUUAUCGUAGUCGACUCACUAUAGUGUUGGAUGUGGAUGAAACGAUCGUCUCAUAUGGAGAUAAGGCAUUUCGUAUGAAAGCUGGUAUGAUACCACGACCAUACUUGGCAGAGUUAUUAGAUUAUCUUUCAUCUAUAGAUGCAGAGGUGAUAUUGUGGUCAGCGUGUAGUGAAAGAUAUAUGCGGCAAGUACUUGGUGUGAUUGAUCCAACAGGUGUACGUAUUUCACAAUAUAUUGUAGGGAAUCGUGAUUGGUUUACACAUGAUAAUUACUAUGAAAAGAAUAUCCUCUGGCUUAAACGUCCUGUAGAAGAUACACUGAUAGUAGAGAAUCGUGCAUUAAGUGUACGUAAUUGUAAUUGUAAUGCAAUUCUCGUAGAUGAUUUUAUUAGAGGUGAAUAUAUGGAUACUGGACAGGAUCAUCCUCCCAAUGAUCAAGCACUCCGUACACUAAAGUCUAUCAUUCAAGACUUGGAAGAAUCCGGCCGACCGGUGCCAGAGUAUCUUGCGGAUGCCAAGCACAGAAAUAAAGAUAUUAAAGAGAUUCCUUGCCAUUUAGCGUUUAGACAACUACCAGAUGAAUUAGCACGUGGUGUGUUUUACUUUAUUGGAGCUAAAUAUAAGUCAGGUUCAUUAUCUACAUCAUAA